AUGCUGUUUGAUGAGGCAGACGCACCUUUGUUAAAAAAAUGGAUUGUAAAACGGCUCGAAAAUACUUCGGACGCCGAUGCAGAUGUGCUUGCAGAUUACGUCCUGGCUCUUCUCCGCCAUGACGGCGACAAAGAAAGUGUUCGCGCCCUUUGCGAAGCAGAAAUCCCAGACUUUCUGAAAGAAGACUCAGCAUUAUUUGUUCAAGACGUAUUCAAUGCCAUACAUUUCAAAACAUAUCAUCCAGGCGCAAAUCAAGCUAUUAAUUCCACUCGUCCCUUUGAUCCUCCAACUGGCCCAUCGGCCGCAUCAUACAGGAAUUUUGGUAAUACAAUAUCAACUGGAAGCCCCCCAAAUGGUGGAUACUCAAGAAAGCGCCCUUACAUUGACAGGAGCGAGUUUUCAUCGCGUGACAGGAGUCUUCUACACACUGGAAACCCGAACGAGUCAAAUAAGCAACCUAGACGCUAUGGACCCUCAGGAGGACGUAUCGGACUUGAUACAGGUAGGGAGGCUUAUCCAGGGGUUAGAGCAUCACUAUUUGACUCACAGGUUGUUUCCCCACAACGCUCCAGGGUUCAGGAAGUUUUAGCAAAUUCUAAUGUGCCAUUAUUCGGAUCAAAACAUACUUCGAGGGUAACCCCAGAUUUUCGAUCCCCUAAUCCAGGUAUACCUCCCAGCAACCUAUCGGUAUUAUCGAACAGUAGAGGAGCCCAACUGCUUCCAAAUAAGCAAAGAUGCGGAGACUAUGAUUUGAAAGGUUUUUGUUCAAAGGGAAAUAUGUGCAUGUCUGUACAUGGUGAAAAGUCUGUUUGGAUCCCACCACAACGCCAUUCUCCCCCUGAUGAGUACGAUCCAACAAAUAGUAUUAUUACGAUUCUUGAUCAUAGCAAAAGUAAGGUAGUAAGUAACACACAUGAUCAUAGGAUAAAUGAAGCCCCUAAGUCUGAGGUUUUUUCACGGGAAAAGGGUGGCCAUCGCAAGCAUGAGAGCCACAAUCCAAAUAGUUCGAACAGGCGGGGAGGAAGAUCUGAAUUUUCUUCCGACCGACCCCAUCAUGAUAAGACUAAGACUACGAUUGUGAUUGAAAAUAUUCCUGAAGAAUAUUUUGCGGAGGGAGAAGUUCGUAAAUUUUUCUCAGAGUUUGGCAAUAUUUUGGAUAUCAAAAUACAAUCUUAUAGACGCCUAGCUAUUGUCAAGUAUGAGAAUUGGGACGGUGCUCAAGCAGCAUACAAGUCACCGAAAGUAAUAUUUAACAACCGUUUUGUUAAAGUCUAUUGGUACAUUGAUCAAGAAUCGUUGCCUAAACCUCCCUCUAUCCCGAACGCAGGGCUAGGUCCCCAGAGUAGUUCAUCUACUGCUAUUGUGCCAAUCCCUUCGAAAGACUCUUUGGAACCAAAAAUUGAUUUAGAAGAGUUUUCACGCAAACAACAGGAGGUCCAGGAAGCUCAUUUAAAAAAGCAAAAAAAGAAACAGGAAGUAGAUGAUGCUAAAAAGGAACUUGAGAAGCGUCAAGAAAACUUGUUAAAGUCACAAGCAGAGGAGAAGCGGAAGCUAAUUGAAAAAAUAGCUGCACGGGGUAAGAGCUGUGACUUGGCGGUAGACUCCAAUGUGAACACAUCCACGAACUCACACAAAGAACUAUCUAAGACAGAGAUCUUAAAGGCUCAACUAGCUGUUUUAGAGGCUGAAGCCCUAUCGCUAGGCAUUGACACGACAUUAUCUAACAAUAGUAAUUGGGCCCCUAGAGGUCGAGGUAGCGGGCGUGCGAGAGGAUACAGUACGCGUGGAUAUCGAGGAAGUUAUCGAGGCGGGAGUAUCUCUGCAGCCGCUUCUGCCACAUCCCUUGCAUCUGGUUAUCGCUCAUUUAACCUUGAUAAUAGACCUAAAAUGGUUAGCAUAACCGGUAUUGAUUUUUCCGAUUCUGAAAAAGAUGAAAACUUGAGGCAACAUCUCCUUGGCAUUGGUGAAUACGAAAAUAUUGAGGUUACUCCUGAACGAACUACUAUCAUGUUUAAAGAUCGCCGUACGGCAGAGAAAUUUAUGUUCAGCUCUGUAGGUGGUGAGAUACCGUCAAUUGGUAAAGUCGAAAUGACGUGGGUUUCAACUCAACCUCCACAAACUAAUCUUCCCAAUAAAUCUAUCAGACCAAGCAAUGGUAUAGAUAACGAAAAUAAUGUGCAGGAGGGUACUGCACCACUGCCAGAAGCAGUUCCUAGUAACGUCAAUACCGGUAGCGUGUCUUUCAAGCAAGACCAGCCACAGAACUCAAAUACAAAUAUGGAUUAUGACAUCGCUUACGAUAAUGUCUGGGAACCUGAGUAG